GUCUUUAACUUGUUUUAAUAGAUAUUACUUUGCAGUUGAUAUUUCUCUAGGUGUACAGAUGAUUUUACACUUAACAAAGCGGAUGAUUUUUCAAUGAAAUUCGAUAAAUUUGAUUUUAGCCUUCCCUUGUUCUGUAAAGCUGUAAGAUAUCAAAUUAGAAAAUCUUAUCAGUUGUUUUAUCUUCUCUCCUCAAGUAUGUUUUACCAAGAGUUUAGUUUCGUGUGUCUUGAAGAUGUCCACUAUACCAAAGUGACUUUAAAUUCGCCACAUAGUUCACAUAUCGUACCUAACGAUCUUAUUGGCUCAAAUCAAUUACCCAUUGUCUUACUUUUUGCCGCGUCCGAGAUCAUUUGAGUCCUUGCUCCGCAUGAGCGAAUAUUUCAGAAAUAUUUCAUCGCUGAUGUGUUGUGUCUCUGGGGCACUCCACCUAGUGCUUGGAAUAUCGUAGUACGCUGUAGCAGUCGUGGUUCAAUUAUUCCUUCGCUCGGUACUUCAAAGGAAGUUCGUGGGUCUUGAGUCGAAGGAUUGUUCGCUGGUUGUGCAACACAUGUCAGCUGGGAGGUAUCGAAUCAUGAGUUUUGAAGAAGACGAUAGUGGAACAUUCACGCUGCGAAUUAAGUCCCGUUCAGAUGAACAUGAAGGAACACAGAAGAAAACCUUCACAAAGUGGAUAAAUGCACAACUAGCCAAGGCUGGCAGUGGCCAACAAGUUAAGGAUUUGUUUGAAGACCUAAAAGAUGGAACCAAACUACUUCUGCUGCUGGAAAUUUUAUGUGGAAAACGAAUUAGAAGUGAAAAAGGACGCACCCGUGUUCACUUUAUGACCAAUGUAGACAAUGCCCUCCGGAUCCUCGAGGAAAACAAUGUACGACCUGUUAAUAUCAGUAAUGAUGACAUUGUUGAUGGAAACCCCAAACUAACCUUGGGGCUGAUGUGGUACAUCAUUUCACACUUUCAGUUGCAAUUGCUGCUCAAGAAUUUGAUGUUGGAUUCUGAUUCAGAGACACCAGAGGAGAAACUGCUGGCCUGGUGUCGUCAGUCAGUUAGGGGAUAUGACGGUGUGGAUGUCAAGAACUUUACCACAAGCUGGCGUGAUGGACUGGCAUUCAAUGCGUUAAUCCAUAGAUACAGACCCCAUCUGUUUGACUACAGUGACCAACUGGAAAAGAAUCCUUCCGAUUGCUGUGAACACGCGUUUUCCGUUGCAGAGCAGUUUCUUGAUGUGGACAGACUUUUGGAUCCUUCAGAUGUUGUGCGUGACCGACCAGACAAGAAGUCAAUCCUGAUGUACGUUUCGAACUUGUACAACAAGCUAGCACCUGGCGUGACUCACAUGACCGUACAAAGGAACGCUACGAGUACAUCGUCACGCAAGAUCGAGAAGUCGGAACACACUCAUACCGUGUCGAAACGCACGAUUAGCAGCACGUAUCACACUGAACACACAGUGAAACACGUGAAAAAGGGUUAUGAUGAGAGAGAACCCGUGAGAUAUGUGACCACCACAAGUACCACAGUGAAGGAGCCGCCAAUACAACACUCAGCCAUUACCACUGUGGUUGAACGUAGUCAGGAAUCAGAAAGACCCGACUCCAUGGUCAGUGAAACCAGCAGUAUCCGAGAUUCUGUCGGUUCGUUUAAAGAGUGGGAAGACUACAACACUGCGCUACAGGAUGUUUUGAAUUGGCUGUCAAAGGCAGAAAGAACUCUGGAAUCACAAGAGAACAUCUCUGGUGAAGUGGACGCCGUCAAAAAGCAGUUUCACGGACAUGAGGACUUCAUGAUGGAGCUUACCUCUCAUCAGUCGGAAGUGGGAGCUGUUUUAGAGUUUGGUAACCAACUGAUUAGCGAGGGGCUUGUGAACGAGAAAGAAGAAACUGAGAUUCGAGAACAAAUGAUCUCACUCAAUGACCGAUGGGAGGCACUGAGAGUUGCGGCCAUGGACAGGCAAACAAAGCUUCACAUACAGUUGAUGGAUCUCCAACAAAAGCAGAUCAAUUCCUUGGGCGACUGGCUGGCUGUGGCCGAAAAGCGAAUCGAGAGCUCGGAAAACAUUGGCUCUGAUCUGGACACCGUGAAACGCCAGGUGGAAAAUCACAAGUUUUUCCAGGAAGACCUUGAGAAGCAGCAACUGCAGGUGAACUCACUGACGCACAUGGUUGUUGUAGUUGAUGAGAGCUCUAAUGAGAGUGCAACCGCUGACCUGGAGGAACAGCUGGCGGUUCUUGGGGAGCGCUGGUCAAACGUUUGCAAGUGGACAGAGCAGAGGUGGUCUAUGUUACAAGAAGUGUUGAAGAGUUGGCAACAGUACAGAGACGAAGAAAGGAGACUGUCUAAAUGGUUGAAAGAAAAGGAAUCACAGAUUGAAGAUAUCAAGCACAUUGACUUGGGCGAUAGCGAUGUUGUAAAGAAGACGGUGAAAAUCUUAAUGGCUUUAGAGCAAGAGAUGGAAGCACAACAGGCCACGUUUGGAACUUUUAAUCUUGCUGCCGAGAAAGUCGCUGAAAACUUAGACGAGGACUCGCCUGGAGUCACUGAGAUUCAAGACAAAAUGGAAGAGUUUAAUGACAGAUGGAACAAAAUUACCACAGAGGUUUCCAGUAGAAUAUCCCUGUUGGAAGGUAUGGACGUAAAACUGCAGCAUUUUCUGUCUGACUUGGUUGAUAAGAGUCAAUGGAUCACAGAUACAGAAACACUGCUCAAGUCCCCCGGGUUUAAUCUGGAUGAUGAAAACAUUUCUGGUGAUAAAGUGGCUCAACAGAACGAACUGGUUGAGUCUCUUGACAACGCUAGGAGACAGAGGAAAUCAAGCGUGACGACCGUGCAGAAAAAAGGAGAAGAGUUGAUUGAGUACUGCCGUAGUCAAGGCAACAUACCAGUGUCACUUGAACAAUCGCUUAGCAACUUUACCGACCGCUGGAAUUCCGUAGGUAGCUUAAUUGAUGAUCGCAGGCACAAAGCUUUGCUGGCACGUAGGAGGCGGGAGGUACAAGACUUGAUGAUAACUCUUGAGGCAGUGAUCAAGGAUGUGGAAAGAGUUAUUCACAAGUUUAGUGCUGAAGUCCCGGACAAUGAGUAUGAGAUGAAAUCACAACUGGAAUUAUGUAAGAUAAAACUUGAGGAAAUGACCGUCAAUGAGGUCUCCAUGAUCAAAGUGCGUGAACUGUCGCGGAAUCUGAGUAAAGAGGACAGACAUACCCCACACCUCCAGUCUGGAGUGAAACGACUGGAUGACCGCUGGACAAAAGCGCAGGCGACUCUGGAGGAUAGACAAAAACAGCUGACGGCCGCACUGGAGUCUGGGCCCCCAAAGCAGUUCCUCAGCACAAUGGACGCCGUCCUGGUUAAGAUUAAGAGCAUGGAGUCACAACUCGGCGCGGAGUUUCUUAUUUCUGAUACAACAUCUCUUGAGGAACAGUUACAGAAGUACAAGCAACUGCAGGCGAACAUGACUGAACAGCAAAGAAACAUGGACUAUCUCAAUAGCACUGGAGACAAGUUUGUUAAGUCUCUUCCCCGACAGCGAUCAGAACAGCUCAGGAUGAAGCUAGCAGAUCUGAAUGAUAAAUGGCGGGACAUCAAUCUUCACGCCGAGAAGCGACAAAACCAAGUUGGAAAGGCCGUCAACCAAACUCGACAAUUUACGGAAGAGAUCCGAGGAUUGUUCAAAUGGAUGACAGACGCUAGUGAUUUCCUUAAGGAUCAGGAACCUGCCGCUGGUGACCCGGAAACGCUGGAGGCUCAACUGGACCAGAGCGAGGCCUUGCAAGGCGAUGUAACCAAGCUUCAGCGCAAGUUGGACUCUUUGAAUGAAACCGGGACAUACAUGAUAAGCAAAGCUUCACCAGCUUAUGCCGAUAAACUCAAAAACGAGUUGGAUGAACUGAACGGACGCUGGGAAGAGCUGGUACGUGUGUCGCUCAGAGUGAAGGAUAACUUGGUCGCAGCUCUUGAGAAAUAUCAGAAGUUGAGUCAGGACAUGAAGGAGAUCAGCCAUUGGAUCAUGCAGGUGGAGCGGUCCAUUGUUGAUGAUGAGGGAGAGAUCACGGGUGGUGGCAUCACCAAGGAGAGGAUGGAUCAUUAUAAGGAACUACAACAAGAUAUAUCCAAGCGCGCGCCAGUAGUUGUUCGAAUCAACACGACUGGAAAUCAAUUGAUUGACCGCACAAAACAGGGCAGCCCUACCCUCUUGAAAGAAAACUUGAAAAAGCUGAAUAGCGAUUGGAACCGUCUGAAGACAAAGGUUGCACAGCGGCAGCACGAGUUCAAGCAGACUCAAUUAGAAAUGGAACAGUUUCAUGUGUUGAUCGAGCGAGAUUAUAAGCUGAUUGGUGAACUGGAUCGAGUUGUGGAGAAGAGUUAUCACGUUCUCGAGGGGACUGAAACCGAACUUGAGGAAGCUCUAAGGAAUCUAAAUCGUCAUUUCGCAGCCAUCAAGGAAAGCGGUCCAGGCUCGGUGUCAGAUCUCGCCAGGCAGCUGACGAGCAAAAGAAUCGCUGUAAAUGUGAUCAGAAAAGAUAUGGGAGAGUACGAGGAUCGGUUGUCCGUCAUUAAGGGUAAAGUUGACAAAACACGCCAGGUUCUUGAAGGAGAAAUACAGCGAAGGCAGCAGAUGAAGAAAGACUUGGAGACAAUUAGGAUGUGGUUUGUCAAGAUUGAAGUUCUCAUCAACUCGAAACUCGCCAAACACGAAGAGAUGGACGAGAGGGAAAUGAAGGCUCUAGAGGAGGAGUUCUCUCUAAACCAGUCACUUAUGAACUCAGUGGAAUCAACGGCCACCGAACUCAGCAAAACCCCUAAAGGGUCUGUCUACCUUAAGGUGUUAAAAGAUCUGGAGCAGAUUAGACUGAAAUGGACAACAAUCCACACUAAGUUCGUAGACCUCAAAGAACAACCAGGUAAAAAACUAGAUGCGGAGUUUGACAAACUUCAUGGUCAGACAUUGACUGAUUUGGAUAAAAUACACAGAAGUGUGAAAAAGCUCAAGUUAGAAUCUGCUGAGCCAAGGAAUAUCAAGGGUCUUUUGGAUAAAUGUAUGUCAUACAAAGAUGAACUGUCCACAGUUAAGAAAGACUUGGAACAAGUCAAGAAGCUUGGCUUUCAGAUUAUGGAGCGAGUUCCAGAAGAAAAAAAGUCUGGGGUCGAAAGGCGAGUGGAGGAAGUGGUUCAUGAACACAGGGAACUGGAGAAGAAAGUACGAAGCAAGGACGAGUCUCUCCGUGAAGCGUUACCUUUGGCCGAGCGCCUGGAAAGUGAUAUGAACAGUUUGGAAAAGUGGCUGGAGGACAGGACUACUGAAGUAAAGAAGAGAGAAGAGGACGGAUUCCCAGAGGACGUGGAUGGCGAGAUUAAGUGGAACAAGGGUCUCGUGCAAGAGGUCACUGGCAAAAUGUCAGACGUGCAAAACCUCACACAAGUUGGUCGUGAAUUGGUCGACUUGUCUGAAACUGGCCAACUUGUGAACUUAGAAGACCGACUAACACGGAUCAAUAACGCAUGGGAAGACUUGAGUUCAGCGGCAGAACAGCGAAUGUUGACCUUGCCUAAGUACAAGGCAAAACUGGCGGACUUUGAGAAAUCUGUGGAUCAAAUGAACCAAUGGUUGGAGGAUAUGGAAAAAGAAACCAACAAAGUGCAGCCGAAAUUAGACGAAGCGGACGUAGCUAAGAACAAAAUUGACGAAAUACAAGAAAGCAUCAAAAAUCGCGAGCCUCAGCUGAAUCUAAUCAGGAAGCAGAGCGGUGAAUUCGUUCAUCGCGGCCGUCCCAUCAUGGAACCUUACAAGCGUCUGCUGGACAGAAGGUGGGAUGACUUGUCAGCUCGGAUAGGUCAGCUGGAGCAAGACUUGGAUGAGGCCAAAAGGACGGCCGCGGAGGCCAGAGCUAAAGGAGGAAGAGUGGAAACAGAGAUUAUCGUCACGGAGCGUAAGACAGUGUCGUCUACUCCCGGGGGGUUAAUUGAAGAAUAUCUAUCGAGAGAAAAAAGGACAGAAACUGACGCAGGACUCCCAAUCACCACCAUCACCACUCACAGGACCUACACAACAAAUUCGGCUCCAGGGCACUACGUGGAUGAUGACUUUCAGAGGCGUUUAGAUCAGAUUCUUUUGGAUAUCAAAGGUUUGGAAGAUAUUAUUCGUGACAUUCAAUCUCCCAAGAAAUCAUCUGAGAAAGAAGUCAAAGAGAAAAUCAAGGUUGCGGAAAUUCAAGUUGACAAUCUGCAGCCCCGCGUAGAGCACCUGUUGAAGGAGAGUAAAACCUAUGCUAACAGGGAGGGGGCACGGGGAGAUCACAUCCACCAGUCGUUGCUUGAUUUGUCCAGUCGUUGGGUGAAGGCUUGUGAUGAAGUCGAGAAGCAGAAGAAAGCUGUCCGUAUUGUGCCGAACUGGUAUCAGUUCAGAAGCAACUUGGAUGACAUUGAUGCGUGGCUCAGAAAGAUGGAGCAGGAAAAAGAAUUAACGGUUAAGCCGGAGGAAAUCGAGGAGCAACAAGCGAAAUACGAGAUGGUGUUUAAGAAUAUCGAGGAACUAGACAGACAAGGAGUUCAGAUACUGACUCCUCGCGAGAUUGAACGACUGAGGAAGAGAUUCAGGGCCAUUCACACCAAGUUUAUGCAGUACCACAGGCCAGCUGGAGACACGACUUCUUAUCGCAUCACAGUUCACACUGGUGAUGUAAAGGAUGCUGGUACGCAGUCGAACGUGUCUGUGAUGUUGUUUGGUGAUAAAGGAAAGUCGUCGAAACUUCGCUUGGACAAAUCCGAGACAUACAACACCAAGUUCUGUCGCGAUCAGCUUGACAUAUUCACCGUGUACAAUAUUCCACAGCUCGGCGAUUUGCACAAGGUCCAAGUUUGGCAUGAUAGGACUGGACCCAAGCCAGAUUGGUUCGUGAAGGGAUUUUACGUCGAAGACAGAUCAACUAGAAAGGUUUACUUUUUCAAUUGCAAUGCGUGGAUUGGUCGAGAUGCUGACAUGCAAGAUAUCAAGUGUGAAGGUUACACCCUACCAGAAGAAGGCGAUGAUAUUAUGACCAAGGCGUCGCUAGCGCGAGUCCGCUGGCAAGUAACCCUUGUGGACCAUGAACCUGCCUUGACUCCCGGAUGGAAGUUGGUGGAGGACAUCAGGAAACUUUCGGAUGAAGUCCAUGAAGCGGAGCUGCUGUUAGAAUCUCCUGAGUUACAGAAAGCAGACUUUGAAGACUUCUCCAAACAGGAGGAUAAAUUGAAGCUGGUGAGCGAGAAACUGGAGAAUUUUGAGCCACGUGCAACUGGAGUUCUUUCUCGAAGUGAAACUGUUCAGUCCGCCUGUAGUGAAAAGGAAUACGAUGCUGUCAAGAGAGCCGCCAGCAAGUUUAGACUACAAUGGAAUAACCUUAAUCAGGAUUACAAGGCGCGGUCGCUUCGCUGGGAGAAGGCAGUUGCAGUGUGGAGACAAUUCCACUGCGAUCUUAAAGACGUGACGUCAUGGAUGACACAUGCGGAGAAGGUUCUUAAUGAGACAUCCGGGGAAGUUGAAUUUAACGCCGCCAAAAAAGAACAAAAGGGUCUGGAAGAUGGUAUUGCCCGGCAUCAGAGCACAGUCAAUGCCAUGAAUACCGCUGGCCAGGAGAUUAUCAGUAAAUCGACAACAGUGGAGGCUGAUAUGCUGCGUGAUAAACUGACCAGCCAGAACAGGCGCUGGGAAUCCAUCUGCAAUCAAGUCGCCAACAGAAGAGACAGAUUUAAAGAGGAAGCAAUGCAGAUUGAAGAGUUUUUGGAGGAAAGUGGAGAAAUGCUGCAAUGGAUGGACGAAGCAGAUACUGAACUGCAAACUAAGGAUCCAUCACCAGCUGAUGAGGAUGGACUGGUGCAACUGAUUGAAAAAAUAAAGGGCGUUCAUAAGGAACAAAACGACAGAGAAGAUACAAAGAUAAGCAUUCAACAGACGGCAGAAAGACUUCUGUCCAAACCAGCUAUCUCUAAACCCAACUCAGAGACCAUCAGAACGAGGCUGGACAUCCUCCUCACUCGAUGGGACAUUCUGCGCGCAGAUAUCGCCACGCGUACGCGCGGAGUGGAGUCUAAGCUUAGACGCGUGUCAGAGUUCCUUAUAGAUCUAGAAGAGCUCAGCUCAUGGGCCUCUGGGACAAUAAAACUGUUAGAGAAGGGAGAAAGUGUGGAAGCUGUUGAUAUUAAUCCCAAGACUAUUCAAGAAUCAAUGAAGUCUCGUCAACCGAAGCUUGACGCAAUAAACGAAAACAUGGCGCGCUACAGACGUGAAAGUAAACUUGAUGGAAACCAGGUCCCCAAGUCCCUGGAGGUUAAAGUCAAAGAACUUAAUGACAAUUGGAGUCGAAUUGCGUCACUGACCGCUAAUAUGUUUGCUCGCCUUCGAUCGCCCCGAUCGAUUGUCGAGGAGAAACCUCUUCACUGUGUUCCUGUUCACUCUGGCAUUCCGAUGAUCAUAGAGGAGCGAGUAUCUCCAUGGCCGAAGUUCGACAAAGCAGUGUUGGAACUUCAUGACUGGCUGGAUACGUUGUCAGAGAUGAUGAAAACAGAGAAGAUAGUACUGGGAGAUUCUGAAGACAUGGAAGGACUUCUGGAAAAACAAAAGUCCAUAGAUGAACAGCUUAAAACCAAACAGCAUUUGUUGGACGAAAUUGCUGAAAUGGGUCAAAGUCUUGCUGAUGAUGCGCAGACCGAGGAAGACAAGUUCUUGAUUGACAGCAUGGUCAGCAAAUUAAAGGGUCAUUGGGAGACUAUCGCGGACAACUCAGGCGUCUGGCGAGGACAGAUCGAUUACUUGAUCGAGGAAUGGAAGAGAUUCGUGGAACUUCGGGAAGAACUGCUAGAAUGGAUCAGGAAAGCUGAGGCCUAUCUAGAGAGACACGAGAACGUGUACGGUUACACGGUCAGCGAAUUGGAAGAACAGAUCGACAAACAUAAGGAGUUCGAAGAUGAUGUGGAAAACUGGCGCGGCAGCAUCACUGCUGUGAAUCAGUGCGGUGAACACUUGGUACAAGAAUUCCCUCAUUACGAAUCGGGAGAACUGAAAAACUCCAUGUCAGAGGUUAACGAGAGAUGGAGUAACAUAACUGUUAGGUCUGACUCACGUAAGAAAAAUCUAAAGGAAGCCUUCGACCGCAUGGUGCGAUUCCACGAAGACAUGAUCAAUGCUUUAACAUGGCUGACGUCAGCAGAGUCAAAAGUAGCGGAGUUAGACAGCGCAGUGGAAGCAACAAGUACUGAGGAGCAGCAAGACAUGGAUGCACUCAGGAAGGAAUUGAAAUUCCUGGAAGAUGACAUUAAUGGACAUCAAGAAAUGUUUGCUUCACUUAACGAGAAUGGCCAGCUGAUUAUGGCCGAGAUGGAGCCUGGGGAUGUGCUAACCGCUGUUCAAGCCAAGCUUGAUGAUAUGAAUGACAGAUGGCAAUCACUCAAUGUUCGCACGUUGGACAUCCGAGAUCGGCUGGAGGACACUGGUACCGAGUGGCGCCAGUUGUUGAUGGACCUUCAGGAGAUAAUCGAUUGGAUUGCACGUGCUGAUCAGGAGCUGACCCUUCAGCAGCCAAUAGGAGGAGAUGUAGAAAGCGUGCGCAACCAGAACGAGAUGCACCAAGCUUUCAAGGGCAAGCUUAAUGUGAGGCGACUGGUUGUCGAUCGCGCUCUGGACGAUGGCCGGAGGGUUUUAGAAGAAUAUGAAACGGACCGAGCCGCUGACGAACCAAAAGAUUCACCACGGGCGCGCAUUGCGCAGAAUCUCAAACGCCAGAUCGACACAGUCAGCGAACGCUGGUCAAUGUUGUGCCGGCGGUCAGAGGAUUGGCAGCACUGGAUUGAUGAAGUCCUAAGGAAGUUGCAGCUUUUCCAGGGUCAGAUGGAGGAGAUUGAUGUGCGAUUGGUUGAGGCCGAGCAGGUGAAGUCGAACUGGACACCAGUUCAAGAUCUCGUCAUUGACUCGCUAUCCGAACAGAUGGAUGAACUCAAGAGUCUCCAGGAACAAAUAGCAUCUCUUCAGAACAUGUUUGAGACUCUCAGCAGCACAGAGAGCGAACUGAGGCACAAUGGUGUGUCGCUGUCGCCAAGUCUUCAAAACCGGAUUGACCAGUUGUACCGAAGAUGGAAACAGUUACAGAUCCAACUGCUGCAAAGACAACACGCUCUGCAAGAAGCCUACUCCAGCUUUGAUUCUUCAUCUGUGCAAGGAUUACACGCGAGUGUCGAACCACCCUGGGAACGAGCAGUAGCACUGAACAAGGUUCCUUACUACAUCAACCACAAGACAGAAACAACACAGUGGGAUCAUCCCAAGAUGACAGAGCUUUACCACCAAAUCGCGGAACUGAAUGAUAUCAAGUACAGCGCUUACCGAACGGCUAUGAAACUUCGAUGCAUUCAAAAGGCUACUAGUUUGGACCUGGUGACACUGAACAAUGUGAUGUCAGCCUUAGAGCAGCACAAUCUUAAACAAUCUACGAACGAUUCUCUGAUCGGUGUCCCGGAUAUGGUCAAGGUAUUGACCACUAUAUAUCAAAACAUUGAGGUGCCAGCGGAUUUAUCGAUGACCAGCAAUGAGUUCUGUGUUGACCUGACGCUUAACUGGCUUCUUAACGUCUAUGACAGCGGGCGAGUUGGAAAGAUCCGUGUUCUUUCUUUCAAAAUUGGUCUGGUGACAAUGGCGAGAGCUCAUUUAGAAGACAAAUACAAAUAUUUAUACCGGCUUGUGACGGACGAAAAAGGCUUAAUGGACCACAAGCAACUAGGAUUGCUCUUACAUGACUCACUGCAGAUUCCUCGUCAACUCGGUGAAAUUGCCGCCUUUGGUGGCAGUAACAUUGAACCGAGUGUGAGAAGCUGUUUCUCGAAGGCCGGAGAAAAAAAGACCAUCGAUUGUGCAGAGUUUAUGACAUGGCUCUCAGUUGAACCUCAGUCUAUUGUUUGGCUGCCAACACUUCACAGACUCGCCGCGUCAGAGGCUGUGAAACACAAAGCCAAAUGCAGUAUAUGUAAAGAGUACCCUAUCGUUGGGUUUAGGUUCCGUUGUCUAAAGUGCUUCAAUUACGAUUUAUGCCAGAGCUGCUUCUGGUCGGGCCGAGUCUCCCACGACCAUCGUCUCACUCACCCAAUGCAUCAGUACUGUUUGUCGACCACCUCUGGUGAGGAUGUGUUAGAUUUCUUGGCCAUGGUUAGAAACAAAUUCAAGAAAAGGCGAUACAAGAACAAACCGCCACGAAAACUCGGUUAUUUACCGAUUCAGACUGUGAUGGAAGGAGGAAAUCUCGAAACGCCACCCAUGCCGACUCCUCAACAAAAUGUCAAUCACGAGGUACACAACAGACUAGGCAUGUUUGCUCACAGGUUGGCCGAGGCAGAAUCAGAAGGAGGAAAAUAUAAUCCACAGGAUUUGGACGAAGAACAUCAGCUUAUAGCACAGUACUGCCAAAGCCUAAAGAGCGAUACAGCAGACGCGCCCAAAAGUCCAACUCAGAUUGUAAUGGCUUUAGAUGCGGUAGAAAAAGAAGAUCUUGAAGCUGAACUUCUCAAACUGGAAGAAGAAAACAGGGACCUCCAAGAAGAAUACGAACGGCUCAAGUCUAUUAGAGAUCAGUCUAGCCUUCCACCUGAUGGUGAGGCAUCUCCUGGGGGACCUCAGAACAGAGAUUCCGAGCUGUUAGCGGAAGCUAAACUGCUGCGUCAGCACAAAGGUCGCCUGGAGGCAAGGAUGCAAGUUUUGGAGGACCAUAACAGACAGUUAGAGGCGCAGUUACAGCGACUUAGACAGCUACUCGAUCAGCCUGGUCAAGACAAACAGAGCGGGGCUCAGUCCUCUGAACGAACCACUCCGUCUUCCUCCAUCAGCUCGCUCGGAGACGGUCCAUAUUCCCCGGUAAAGUCAGGUCGAUCGGGAAAAUCCCGCGGGAAUGAUAGUGAUUCCGAAUCGGAACCUGGUGGGACGAACUCAGGACCCAUAAAGAACGGUUUUGCCGGUAAAGGAAGUGAGGAUCCAGCUUUAAAAGAAGUCAUGAGUCAAAUAAGCUCUUCUUUUCCUCCUGAUCAGAAAAGUGCAGACCCCGUUGGACAUUUGUUUGCUACUGCAAAAGAUGUUAAUAAAGCUGUGGAAUCUCUAGUUCAAGUCAUGACAGAUGACGAAGCUGAGUAGUAAUGGUAGAUAUUUGGGCAAAUAACUUACAUUAUUCAGGACAGACACUAAGGAACAUUUUGUAAACAUUUUGUCUAGGAGAUUGUAUACGCGUAUUUUUACUGGUUUUCCCAAAGAUUUGCUGUAUGGGAUAAUAAAUACCUGCUCACUUGCCACUCAAA